UCUCUGAAUCAAAAAUCAUCAACGAAAUCUGUCGAAUACACCAUGUCCACUCAGCUACCUCCCGACCAGUCUCUCUCAGUUGAGACGUUGGGCGGACGACUGGUUCUGCACUCGGUGUCAGAAGAUGGGAUAACAAUUGGCAAGGACACCCCGUAUGAAAGCCUGACGGGGUACCACAAGGGAUCGCAUUUCUUCAGCGAAAGCAUCCAGCUCACCUCAGCCGUUCAGGCCCCAUAUGGCCUCACCCUCUCGGCAUGGACGGUCAUCUGUGGCCAGGCGCGCCUGACGCUGGACGCGACGGGCGUGGAUGGGGGCGCCUCGGCGCCCAACGGGCAGCCCGGGGGUGCCUUGACGCUGUACGUGCAGGACACAAGCGACGCGACGGCGCAGAACCUCUCCCUGCUGGCCCGGGGGGGCAAAGGCUACGAUUUGCGCCCGGCCACCAGCGGCAGGCCCGGUAACGGGGGCCGCGGGGGCACGAUUGUCAGCGUGGUGCAGCCGACGUACAUCCAGGCCUGGGCGCCGCUGGACGGGUACUACGCCCGGGCGGAAUUCCACCCAACGGAUGAGCAAGACUACCACCACCCCGUCAAGCCGGGCGAUUCCGUGUUUGUGGCGGGUCGGGGGAUUGUUCAGGCAGGGCAGCGCCUCGCCGCGCCGGCUGUGACCAUCACAGACAUAUUUCAGCCGUUGGCGGACGAACUGGCGGACGGGCACAGUCCCAGCGUCCUCAGCAUCAAGCUUGCCGUGGUCAAAGUGCGCCGGGCGUUAAGCAGCCGGAUCGCCCAGCAGCAGGUGCAGCUGGCCCCGACGGCGGGGGACGUCCGCGGGGGCUACGGGGGCGUGGGCGUGGGCGUCUUACCCCCCGUCACGCCCGGGGGCGAUGGGGUCCCGGGGACGGAAAUGCAAGUCUUCCUUAAGGACUGGGCCCCGGCACAGCUGGCGACGGCCCGGGCGCCCUUUGUCCACCCCAAACAGUGUUCCAUGCUCGCCAACCGCGCGAAUCUGUUCUUCUAUAUGAACUCGCCCAAGUUACGCAGCCACGCCCGGACGCUAUACCACCGGAUCCUGAGCCGCCUCAGUUUCCUGCCGCUACAGGCAUCGGAUCCCCUCUGGAAGGCGUACCAGGACUGUCCCUUCAUGCCGACAACCAGCCUGCAGGACCUGGAGAACAUCAAGACCGACGUGACCCUGCAGUUGACCCAUCUUGAUUCUGGUAAAGUGAACUUCCAUGGUUUUGCCCCGACUUGGGUGCCCCGGGCGAGCUAUAAAUUCUAUAAGGAAGUGUUUGACGACGCGAUGGGAAAUUUACAGGCGCUCGAGACAGCUUAUAUCAACUACCACGCCGCGUUGGCCAAGCAGCAGGAUCUCAACGAGGACCUGAAAGCCGUGUACAAGAACACCACCCAGAUGGUGGAGGGUUUGCAGAAGGACAUUGAAGACCUCCAGUUGAUGGCCCAGACUCUCGACGGGCAGAUUACUGACCUGCGUGUGGAUGUUGCUUUAGCCCGCCAGAGCCUGUUGACAGCGAUGAAUGCCGAGCUACAGGCUAUCAAGGCUGCCUUUGGCUUUACAGUUCUUCAACUGAUCAAUGUCUUCACUAUGGUCAAUAUGGUUCCAGGCUCAUCAAAGAUCCUUAUGGGACUACUGGAAGGCGGCGAAGUGGUCUACCAGGGGUUCACUGAGAUCCCGACCACCGACGGGACAAGCAUCCGUAAAGAAUAUCUCGCCUCCCAGUUCCACAGGGACGUCAAAACCCUUGAGAAGCUGUCGGUACUGCUGGCCAAGAGGAAGAAUGGCGAUUACGAGCUGGACGAAGCGUUCGGCGUGCGAGUGCUGGCGGACAAGGACGAGCUGAAUGCCCAACUGGACCGGUUUUCGACAGAGGCGUUUGGCGGCGUGCACGACGCAGCCACUCGCAAGGCCAUGAACAAGGCCUUUGACGCUCUUCUCGCAGUUCUGGACAAGCGUAACAUGCUCAUUUUCAAGUACAACGCCGCCCUCAAGCUCAUCGUGGCCAAGACCGCCCAACAGGCGGCCUUCCAGAAGCAGGAGCGCGAUCUGUCUCGCCGCCGGAUCGAGAGCAACGACCCAGACCUGCCCAUCAUCACCACAUAUGUCGACGCCAUCUACCAGGCCGCCCGAGCACGCGUCAUGAAGCUGCUGGACCUGCUCCUCCGCUCCCUGAACUUCCGCAUGCUGAUCGCCUCGGAUAUCUACGACUACGCCUUCGAGGGCUCGGAUCCAAACCACCCUGGGACUCUAGACAAAGUGCCCCUAGCACUCACCACCUCCCUACUGCACAACAUGCGCUCCAAGGUCCAGGCGCGCUUCAGUCAAUCGGUCGAGUACUGGGGCUCUGAGCCUGCAAAGUUCCCUGGCAAUUUCGACCAUGACGUGGGUAAAAAGUAUGCCUUGAACAAAUUCCAACUCAAGGCGCUGCUGGGUGGAGCUCAUGAGAUUGUUUUAACGAUUCCAACGGCACGGAAACUAACCCCCAAGGCCGGGGACUUUGCCGGCUGCUGCAAUGUGCGUCUGUACCGUGUGCGCUUCCAGAUGAAGGGCCUCAAGCUCAACACCAGCAAGAGACAACCGGCAGAAGAGGCGCUGGUCAAGUUCACACUCACCCACGGGGGCCACGAAACGCUCGUCGACCGGGCGAACCUGGGGAUGGACUUUGACCACGAUCCGGUCAGGGUGCUGUACUCCUUCCGGCUUCACGCAGACGGCACUCAGACCGUCUUAGACAACGGCAACGUGGCCGAGUCGGACAUCAACCAAGUGGCCACCUCAUAUGCGGCCCCGGGGCCCUUUGCCGAGUGGACGAUCAGCAUGGCAGGCUCCGACUUUGAUAAUCUCGAUCUGACGCAUGUUACAGGGGCGUACUUUGACUUUUGUGGCACUAAUUAUGCGUUUAAAUAGGAGUGCCAGAUAAUUCUGCAAUAUAGGAUAAGC